UCCUCUCAAAUCUCCCUCACUCCCUGCCGCCGUUAGCGACUCCGGUGACUCUCUCUCUCUCUCUCGCUCUCUCUAAUCCUACGAAACUCCGAAACUGAAUUCGAGAAACGUUGUGUAGUAUUUGUCGUUCGUUUUGAAAUUUCUAUUUCCGAAAUUGUUUAACGUUGUGAAAUGAAAUUGUUUACUCACAAAUUCCCAAACUCCCAAAUAAUAAUCAAACUCAGAUCCACAGAAUCUCUCUCUUAUGCACUUUUCUCUUCAAUCCCUCAACAAACCAAAAACCCAGAAAAGCAUAAUCCGCAGGAUAUCAUAACCCAAAAAUCACUACUCAAACUGAUCCAUUCUUCUCAGUGGCAUUUCAUCAAACAGCAUUCGCGCAACCUUUCAACCUCCUUAAUCUCAGACACUCUUUGCACUCUCCACCAAACCCCACAACUCGUUCUCAAAUUCAUCAACCAAAUCGAGUUCGAUCGCCUCAAUGUCGAAAGCCUUUGCCUUGCUACCACCAUUCUCGCCCCAAUCCCGUCCCCGAAAACCGCCUUGCAUCUCCUCAAGCGCGCCGUCAAUGGCGGCAUUGCGUCCACCAGAGAGAUUUUCGAGGAACUCGAACGUGCCCGGGAACGGUUGAGCAUUGAAAGCGCUGUAGUUUUCGAUUUUUUGAUAAGGGCUUGUUGUGAACUGAACAAGGCUAAGGAGGCUUUUGAGUGCUUCUGGAUUAUGAAGGAGAAAGGUGUUGUUCCUAAGAUUGAGACUUGCAAUGACAUGUUGAGUUUGUUCUCGAAAUCGAACAUGCUGGAGAUGGCGUGGCUUUUGUACGCGGAGAUGUUUAGGUUGAAGAUUAAGUCAAGUGUUUAUACUUUUAACAUUAUGAUCAAUGUGUUGUGUAAAGAAGGGAAGUUGAAGAAAGCAAAGGAGUUUAUUGGAUCAAUGGAAAUUUUGGGAGUUAAGCCGAAUGUUGUCACUUAUAAUACAUUGAUUCAUGGGUAUUGUUUGAGAGGGCGAAUUGAAGGAGCUCGGAUGGUUUUCGAUGCAAUGAGAGGGAAAGGUAUUAGGCUGGAUUCGUAUACUUACGGUUCGCUAAUUAAUGGUCUGUGCAAGGAACGAAAACUCGAGGAAGCAUCUGAGCUUUUUGAUAAGAUGAUAGAAAUUGGAUUGGUGCCUAGUGCUGUAACUUAUAACACCAUGAUUGAUGGUUACUGCAAUAAGGGUGAUUUAGAUAAGGCUUUCAGUUAUAGGGACGAGAUGAUCAAGAAUGGUAUAAAGCAGACAGUUUCGACUUACAAUUUGUUGAUUCAUGCAUUGUUUUUAGAAGGUAGGACGAGUGAAGCUGACGGGCUCGUUAAAGAAAUGGGGGAAAAGGGGAUUGUUCCGGAUGGCAUUACGUAUAAUAUCUUGAUAAACGGGUGUUGUAGAUGUGGGAAAGCGGAGAAAGCCUUUGCCCUUCAUGACGAAAUGUUGAGCAAAGGGAUUGAGGCCACAAGGGUGACUUAUACAUCACUAGUUUAUGUUUUGAGCAGGCAGAAAAGAAUGGAGGAGGCUGAUGAAUUGUUUCAGAAGAUGAUGAGUAAAGGUGUUUUGCCUGAUCUUGUUCUGUUCAAUGCCCUGAUUGAUGGUCAUUGUGGGAACGGGAAUAUGGUACGUGCGUUCUCGCUCUUGAAGGAGAUGGAUAAGAUGAACGUUCCUCGUGACGAAGUGACUUACAAUACCCUCAUGCAAGGGCUUUGCAGGCAGGGGAAAGUCGAAGAAGCUCGCGAGCUUCUUGAUGAGAUGAAGAGAAGAGGGAUUAAGCCCGACCACAUUAGUUACAACACACUUAUUAGCGGUUAUAGUAAAAGAGGUGAUGUGAAAGAUGCAUUUAGAGUUAGGGAUGAAAUGUUGAGCAUAGGAUUCAAUCCCACACUUCUCACUUAUAACGCCCUUAUACAAGGCGUAUGCAAAACCCGAGAAGGUGAUCUUGCUGAGGAGCUCCUCAAGGAAAUGGUAACCAAAGGAUUCACGCCUAAUGACAAGACCUAUGACUCUUUAAUUGAGUCGAUUGGGAAAGAUGGCAAAUUUGUGAAUUCUGGUGAUUCAUGAUUGUUUGUUGGGCUGAGGCAACUUCUCUUAAUCUCGAUUUUUGUUCAAACACAGUCAUAAUGAUCCAUGUCGUCAAGUAGAGAAUUACGCAUUGAAGAUGGAAGAAACUUCAAGAAAAGCAUCUUCAAUCCGGACAAUCUAACACAUGACGAACUGAAAGAUAAAGAUCGCGAAGGGAGAAGACGGAGAAGCUACUAUUUGUUCUGAAUAUUGCUGUCAGCUCCCUGUAUAAUGAUGUCAAUGGAGGAGGAAGUGGAAAGAGUAGAUUGCAGUAUGAUUUUGCUACUAUUUAUUUUCUGAGAGUUUGAAGAGCAAGUAGAGAAAUGUAUGUUUGUAGCAGGGUUUGUUAGCGAGCUGCGCCAAAAUUAUAUAGAUUUGUCCUUGAGUUUUCUUUUCUUUUAUUUACUUUUUUGCUAGUUUGUUCUAUUGUUUGUUUU